GACGCUAUGGCCAAAUUAUUGGUAAAACUCCAGCGGUAUUUUCGGCGAAAACCCGUGCGUUUCUUCACACUGCUGGCUCUCUACCUGGCAGCCGGCAGCUUGGUCUUCCUGCACUCGGGCUUCGCUGGGGAGCCCACGGUGUCAGGGAGCCAGCACGGCCCCGGGGCCGGCGAGGGACCGGGGCUGCCCUACCUGGGGGUGAUGCAGCUGAGCCGCGGCUUCAAGGCGGCAGCGACGAUGCCGGAGGGGGGACGGCGGCAUGGACCCUGGUUCAAAAGCACCUCCAAGGAACCGGCAGAGAGGGGCAAAGCUGGAGACUACGGCAGCACCCAGAGCCGGGUGCUCAGGGGCAGGAGCGGCCGCGAGAAGGAGGAGGACAGAGCAAGAUACGUCGGCUGCUACGUGGACAACACUCGCCGGCGAACGCUGCGCGGCGUGUCCUUCUUUGACUACAAGAAGAUGACAGUCUUCCGUUGCCAGGACAACUGUGCCGAACGAUAUGAUAAGCACUUAGAGACAGCCUAUGGCAGCGCAAUAUUUCGGGGGUGCUUCCGCCGGCCGGACAACGUCUCCAUCGCCCUGCCUGUCAGCCAGCUCAUGCUGAACAUGUCGGUGGACAAGUGCGUGGACUUCUGCACCGAGAAGGAGUACCCGCUGUCGGCCCUGGCCGGGACCGCCUGCCGCUGUGGCUUUCCCACCACGUGCUUCACACUGCACGAGCGCGAGGACGAGCAGCUCUGCGCCCAGAAAUGCGCCGGUGAGGAGUUUGAGAGCUGCGGCACUGCCGAAUACCUCCUCGUCUACCAGACCCAAGUGCAAGACAACCGCUGCAUGGACAGGAGGUUUCUCCCCACCCGUGCCAAGCAGCUGGUGGCCCUGGCCAGCUUCCCCGGUGCCGGCAACACCUGGGCACGCCACCUGAUUGAGCUGGCCACUGGCUUCUACACCGGCAGCUACUACUUCGAUGGGUCUCUCUACAACAAAGGGUUCAAGGGUGAGAGGGACCACUGGCGAAGCGGGAGGACGAUUUGCAUCAAAACCCACGAGAGCGGCCAGAAGGAGAUUGAAUCCUUCGAUUCAGCCAUCCUGCUCAUCCGAAACCCGUACAAGGCGCUGAUGGCGGAGUUCAACCGCAAAUACGGGGGGCACAUCGGCUUCGCGGCUCACGCCCACUGGAAGGGCAAAGAGUGGCCGGAGUUCGUGGCGAACUACGCGCCGUGGUGGGCGACCCACACCCUCGACUGGCUGCGCUACGGCAAGAAGGUGCUGGUGGUGCACUUCGAGGACCUGAAGCGGGACCUCUUCGUCCAGCUGCAGCGGAUGGUGGGGCUGCUGGGCAUCGCCGCCUGCGAGGACAGGCUGCUCUGCGUCGAGGGACAGAAGGACGGCAACUUUAAGCGUUCCGGCUUGAGAAAAUUGGAAUACGACCCUUACACCCCUGAGAUGAGGAAGAUGAUCAGCGGCUACAUCAAAAUGGUGGACACAGCUCUGAAACUCCGAAACCUGUCGGGAGUCCCGGAUGACUACUAUCCGAGAUGAUGGUGAUGGUGGCAGGGGGACCUGACCCUGCGUGGCGAGGAAAGGCUCGGUCUCCCCGGCCUCUGCCUACUUCCACCCAGUGGGUGGCUUUUCUUUUAAUUCUCCAUCUGCUGCUUUUAGCUGUUAAUCAACUCCCUGCA